UGCAUUUUCAGUCCGCAGCGGGUGUGCAUUUCAAAAACAUCUCUCCGAAUUUAAAUUUUCUGCCGUGAAAAGAAAACGACCCUCGUUGGUUAGUUUUUGUUGUUUUGAGUUUUUUCACUGUGUGUUCAAAAAAUUUUGGGUGGUUCGUGCGUGAUUCGCUUUCUUUAACGUUGGUUGAUGGUCUUGGUCGUCGAUUUAAAAGAAAAUAUUCUAUUUCUGUCUCUUUUUUACUCCUCUGUUUUUUUUUCAGUAGGUGGUCAAAUUAGAAAAUUUUCAAAAAAUUCAAAAAAUUUAGAAAGAAAGAAAAAAAUAAGUUAAUUUUCAAAAUACCAACUAAAACCCUCUCUGUGAUCUUCCUUUUUGAAAAUAUUUGAAAAAUAAAUGGAAAAAGUGUCUUGAAUAUAUCGAUACUAAAAGUUUGUUCGAAAUUUUGAUGAAAUUCAUAAAAAUUCUAUCAAAAAAGUGUUGCCAAUUUAGUCAAAUAGUAAAAGUACUAAAUUAACAAAAAAAUAAAAAGAAUCAAAACCAGAAAAAUUAAAUUACAAGAUCAAAGCAACAAAGAGCAAAGAAUUAAAAAGGCAAAAAAAAAGAAACGUGCAAAUCUAGAAAGUGAGAAAAAUAAAAAAGCAGAGCAAAUAACGGUUUAUUCUACUAUUCAUUUAGUGUGUCAACCAUAACUACAACGAAAUAGGAACAAAAAGAAAAAAAACAAGGAUGCGGCGGUAGGAUAUACGGCACUUAACCCCCUGCCUGCAAUCAUCAGUUUUCUGUUUUACAAGAACAAAAACAACGACUCCUCGCUGCUACAAAAACAAAACUACACUAUUUUCUGGUGGAUUGAAAAGAGUAGGCAAAUAAAUAAAAAUAAAGCACCAAAGGAAAAACAUCAUCAUCAAGUGAAGCAAAGAAAAAAAAGGACGAGCGAGUGUGGAAAAUAGCCCGAAGGAUUUAAAUAGCGAACGAGUUUCUGCCAAUUAGAUGUCAUAACAUGGGAUGUAUGUUUGAAACAGCCAAGAGGAAUCAAUGCAAUGAGAUUACAUCCAAGGAUAAACGUCCUAAAACAACAACAACAACUAUUACAACUAAAUCCAGAGCACACAUACCAGAAGCCCCCCCAUCAGCAGCUGAUGCGAAUUGUUUAGCAAAAGAAUUUGAAAUAGUUGAUCCUUUUGAACUACAAAUCGAAUCCUUUUCCAAAUAUUUUCCAUCCUCGUCGUUGUCGUCGGCAACGUCGCCGUCAUCGUCGUUAGUGUUGUCAUCGUCAUCGACAUCGACUACAUCGUUAUUUUCGUCCUCCCCCGCCGCCGACGCUGCUGCUGCUGCCACCACUGUCGUUGCAUGUAACUGCAGCAGGAGCAGUGAACAAUUCUACAACACUGUUGUAAUAUCGGAAAGUAAUAAAAAACAUAAUCGCCAUCAGCAGAACCAACAGCAAAAGCACCAGCAGCACCAUCUGCAUCAGCAAUAUGAUGUUGGGUCAGGCAAAGUGUCUCCAACAGCGAUGCCAGAGACUACAACAACGGCGGCAUGGACCAAAUGCAAUAUGGAAAAUUAUAUACGCGCCGGAUAUUACAUAACAUCACGACUAUUCAAUAAUAAUAGCAUCAGUAGCAUCAGUAGCAGUAUCACGAGUAGAAGAAGCAAUAGUUUAUUAAAUUCUAGGAAUAAAUGUUAUUUAAAUAAUAAAAAUCAUAAUAGUCAAAGUGAAUGCUCAGCAUCGGUAUCAGGAUCGGUAUCGCAAUCUGCAACGGAAUUGGCGCCAGCCUCAGCCUCAGUAUCAGCAUCAGCAACAACUACAUCAACAAUUUCAGCUAAAACUUCAUCAAUCCGAAACUCAAUUAGCCUUUAUGCUGCAUCUAGUGUAAUAUUAGUUUUAUGCUAUUUAACAUCGUCUACAUCGGCUACCGUCAUGGAUCAUCCGAUAUUUGACGAAUCAAGUUCGGAUAAGGAAAUUCUAGAUCAUUUAUUGCAGAAAUCUCGUUAUGACAAAAGACUCCUACCACCAGUAAAUGGUGAGAAAAUUGAUGAAGACUUCUGCUGUGGGUUGUCAUCGCCGGAAAAUGCGAAAAAUCAGUCUACGAUGAGACCACACCAUCGCGGUACAUUAACAGUUAAUGUAAACGUAUUACUUCUAAGCUUAGCAUCGCCCGACGAAUCUAGUUUGAAAUAUGAAGUUGAGUUCCUAUUGAAUCAACAAUGGAAUGAUCCUCGACUGCAAUAUGGUAAUAAAUCGCAAUAUGAUUAUUUAAAUGCACUGCAUCAUCAUGACAAUAUCUGGACACCAGAUACGUAUUUCAUUAUGCACGGUGACUUUAAGGACCCCAUCAUUCCGAUGCAUUUCGCUUUGAGAAUCUACCGGAAUGGGACCAUUACGUACGCAAUGAGACGUCAUUUAAUUCUGUCAUGCCAAGGAAGUUUGCAUAUAUUUCCCUUCGAUGAUCCUAAAUGUUCAUUUUCAAUGGAAAGCAUUUCAUAUGAAUUAUCACACAUAAAAUAUGUGUGGAAAAAUGACGAGGAUACGCUACGUAAAAGUCCAUCACUAACAACACUUAAUGCAUAUUUAAUACAAAACGCAACCGUAACGUGUUCUGUUAAAAGCUGGAGAGGCAACUACAGCUGUCUUAAAGUCGAUUUAAUAUUUACAAGAGAUCGAGCAUUCUAUUUCACCACCGUUUUUAUACCUGGAAUAAUAUUGGUGACGUCCUCAUUUAUCACAUUUUGGCUCGAAUGGAAUGCAGUUCCUGCUCGAUCCAUGAUAGGUGUAACAACAAUGUUGAAUUUUUUCACAACAUCCAACGGUUUCAGAAGUACACUUCCUGUUGUCUCAAAUCUCACAGCCAUGAAUGUCUGGGACGGCGUGUGUAUGUGCUUUAUUUAUGCUUCGCUACUGGAGUUCGUUUGCGUUAACUACGUUGGUCGAAAACGUCCAUUGCACAAUGUCGUCUAUCGUCCUGGCGAAAAUCCAGUCACACAGCGUCUUCCAGCGGUUCUAAGCAGGAUCGGAGUUAUUCUUGCAAGUCCUUUGGAAAUAAUCGAACGAGAAUUUCAUGCUGCUUUGUCAUCCGAAAAGGCAGCCGCAGCAGCAGCCGAACCGCAUCCAUCAAUCACUUCUGCUACAAGAGCAGUUCCAGUGCAUUUUCCAACAACAACUGGCUUAAGUCACGCACAACAUCAACAUUUAACGGCCAUAAGUGUCGGUGGAGCUGGAGCUGGUGCAAGCAGUGGGAGUGCAAUUCGCCGGGCCUCAUCACAAAUUGUAGUUGAUACACUUACUGGCACUAGAGAGCCAGUUUAUGUGGAGACAGUUGAAGUGUACACAACAGAGGCAUCGCAAACCAGCUCCGGACCUUAUAUGCGGCAAUCACGUUCAAUGGCCACCAAUACCCCAGCACUCAUCAUUGGCGGCCGAAGAGUGUCUCCGUCUCCAUCUCCACGAACAUUAACCACCACGGAUAACAUGAAUGACAAUGUCCUGGAUGUUGAAGUGACCGAAAGUCAAUUGCCUGUUAAACCUCCGAGGCGCAAAUCAAGUCGUUCAACAACGCCAUCGGGCGUCCACGAUGUGGAAGCUACAGCUGGUCAGAUUAAAAUGACAACCAAUCUUGGUGAGAAAAAACGUGAAACUGGUGGUCCAAAUGAAAUAGUUGCAUGCACCAACUGUGGUGGAGGCAGCAGUCCGUGUACACAUUCAGCUAACAAUGGGUGUGCAACAGAGGUGAAUAUGACCUGUUUUGUUCAAGUACGAAAAAAAGAACCACCACAUCCAAUUCGUGUCGCCAAAACGAUUGAUGUCAUUGCCAGGAUAACCUUUCCAACGGCUUAUUCUAUUUUCCUAAUUUUUUUUUUUGUUCAUUAUAAAGGAUUCUCCUAGAAGUUAUUUUAAAUCCUGAACACCAACACACCUUCACACACACGCCACAAAAAACCACACAAUUUAAUAAGACAAACCAAAAACAAAACAAAAACUAAAUCGCUAGUUUAGAUUUUUAAUUUAAAAAAUUCAAAGCAAAGUUAAAACUUUAAAUUACGCUAACAAAUAAAAUAAAAAUAGUAAAUAAUUAUAACAAAAAAUAAAAACUAACUUUUAAUUAAAACUAAAUAAAAAAAACCUUUUGUGAUUCUUAGUAAAAUGAAAAGAAAAAUAUUAAUAAUUUUUUUAUUUUGUUAACAUUUCUUUUGAUUUAUUUGUUAUAGAACCAAUACUUGAAAAGAAAUCGUCAAAACUGUGAAAUAAAUUAGUUAUAAAUUUAAAAAAUAUAUAUAUAUAUGAAUAAAUAUAUAUUAUAAAUUAACAGAGGGAAACACUUAAGUGAUAAAAAUUAUAAAAGUAAAUGAUGCAAAUUAGAAAAAAAAAAUUAAAGCAAGAACAGAAUAAAAUAAAAUGUAAUUUAAAAAAAUACAUACAUCAUUUCUGUAGAAUGUUUUACGUACGAAAAAUAAAAUGACAACAAAUAUUUUAAAAAACAAAUUAUAUUGACUGCCUUUUAUAAAAAUUAAAACAAAACAAUUAAUUAAAAAAAAGUAAAACCAAAUAAUAGUAAAAUUUAAUUCAAUCAUAAAGUUUCUUGUACUAUUUGCAUUAAAAAAAUAAUAAAACAAAAAACAAAUUAUAGGCACAUUAGAUUUGGCAAUUAAAUUAUAAUUAUAUUGCUAUGUAAAAAUAUUUUUAAGGUUAAGAAACUUAAAUUGAAAACAAACAAAAAUUAAACAAGAAAGUGUAUUAUAAAACAAAAUAAUUCAAAAUGUCGACUAUUGUUGGCAAUGAUAUGGUUUUUUUAAAAAUUUCCUUUUUAUGUUAAAUUUUUUGAAUUUUAUUUCAAAUAUAAAACAUUGCUAAAUAAUUAUUAAAUUUUAUCGAUAAACAACGAUUUACUUUUAAGAAUAAGACACACUCUACGCACUCGAACCAAAAACCAAAUAUUAACAAAAAAAUCCUUGUAGGUCUUAACUUGCAACAAAUGUAAGCAAUUCAGUUAUUAUUUAAAAACAGCUUAGAAAAAUCAAAAAAUUAAGACUUACAAAAUAAAAAAUACACAAUGAUCUGCAAAAAAAUAUAGGAAAUAGUUUUAAAAUUUAAAGUUAAAAAAGAAAAAACUUAAAAACCAAGACAAAAUCUGCGUGUGAGAAAAACAAUAAGUAAAUUAUGUUUAAAUGAAAAACAAAAAACACAAAAAUUAUAAGCCUCACAAAACAACCUUAUUUUCUUUCCCUCAAAAUAUUGGUUAAAAAAUAGCUUACACGAUUUUAAGGAAUGCGAAUAGUUAAAGAAUGGUUGGAAAUUUAUUUAAACAAAAAAAUAAGGAUACAAUUUUUAAAAAAAGAAGAAACUUAUGCAUCCAUUGUGGAUUGAAAAUACAUAUCAAAAUAGUAUUUUUUAUAAUUUACAAAUUUUCUCUGUAAAUAUGCAACAAUUUAUUUUAAAAAUAUUUUUAAAAAAUACAACAACACAAUCGAUGUCAUAAGAGCAAAUGAGAAACGUUUUAAAAUUUUUAUUUUCAAACUGCUCCUCCCUGCUAUAUUUUUUUUUUAUUUUAAUUUUUAUUUAAAUUCUUUUAAAUACACACAAAAAUACACAAAUUUUACGUAGUUUUGUUCAAUGUAACAUUUGUUAAACAAAACUUUACUUAAGACCAAAUGCAUAUUAUUAAAAUAAAAUUUUAAAUCAAAAAAUCUUUUUUGUUAAUGAAUUAUUAUAAAUAUUUAAAACAAAAAAUGUAAAAAAGAAUGUUAAGAAAAUUAAUAAACUCAUAAGUGCUUUUUUAUGCAAAAAAAAAACAAAAACAAAACACAAAAAAAGAACCACUAACCAUUGUAAUUAAGUAUUAAUAUAUUUACAUAAAUUAAACUAUUUUUCAAAAAUGACAUUGCCUUUAAAUAAAAACAAACAAAAUUAAAAUAAAAAAAAAAAACAUAAAUAAAUUACACUAUAUUCAAUGUUGUAAAAAUUUUUGCAAAAUAAUUUUAAUUUAUUUUAUAAUUUGCGUGUUUUAUAAAAAAAAAAACUAAAUUGAACAAUUUUAAAUACAUCAUAUGUAAAAUAUUUACCCAAUAUUUAUUAAUUAUAUUUACAAUAUUGACAAUCGCUAUAAUAAAUUUAUACCUGCAAUAAACAAACAGAAUAUUUCCACCUAUGUUUGCCCGUCCAUAAAAUUAAAACAAAAAUAAAUACCAAAAUUAUUGUGUUUAGAGCUUAAAUUAAUUGUUCGCACUUUUAAUUAAUAGGCAAUGACGUAAAAUUUUUGAAAAUUCAUAUUUUUUUAUCCUACUCGGCACAGCAAACAAUUUUAAAACACCAAAUUCAUAUAGAAUUAUUUUAUUUCAUUUGAUCAUACAAUUAACAAAAAAGUAGUUUUCUUUUUCUAUAUUUUCAAUCACCAUUAAAGUAACAAUACAGAGUUAAUGACAGUUAAGUCCAUUAGAAAUGUCAAUUUUUUAAAAGAUAAUAAAAAUGUGACAGAAAUAACUCCACAUCACUUUAAGAAAUGACUUCUGACGUUUAAUUAAAACAAAAACUUCAAGUAAAAUUACUCCCCACUUACAUCCGAUGAAGUUUACGUCCUGCACCCAAAGUUGGCAGCUAUGAAUAUUUCCAAAACGGACUUGAACUUAAAUGCGAUAAAUAAAUGUAUUGACGGAGGUUAAAGAAAGAAAGUGAACGAAUUACCAAAACUAAUAAUUCGAUUCAAUUAUUAAAAUAGGUUCCACACAAAAUUUGACUUGUAUAGUUUCUUGGAAGUCAUGUUUUGUAUUACGUUCGUUAAGAUUCUUAUUUCCAUUUUUGACAUUUCAAUUCUAUAAAAUGGAAAGUUUACAAACUUUCAACUGUAUUAUCCUAAACUUAACGAAUGCUGAGUUAAACUUGACUGCGAUUACUAUAUAAAUGAAUUAAAGGAGGUCUAAGAAAGAAAGUGAUUAAAUUACCAAAACUAAUUAUUGAUUUAAUUAUUAAAAUAAGUUCGACACAAAAUUUGACUUGUAUAGUCUUGGAAACCAUGUUUUGUAUUACAUUCGUAAAGAUUCUUAUUUCCAUUUUUGACAUUUCAAUUCUAUAAAGUGGAAAGGUUGCUAUCAGAUGUAUUAUCUUAAACUGAACGGAAAUCAAAAGUAUUUGACGAAAAUUCUUCUUUUAAAAAGAAGUUAACAAAUAUCAAUUUUAAAAUUUCAAGGAAAUUACUUGUCAAAGUUAAGUUUGUUAACAAAAAAUUUGAAUUUAGUGGUCAUUUUAACAAAAGUGAACGAAAGCUUAAAUGUAUAUUAAGAAGAUUUAUCCUUGAACGUUUUAAACUGAAAGAAAUUGUCAAAAACUAAACGAAAAUCAGAAGCAUUUGCUUAACGAAAAUUCUUCUAAGCAACUUAAAAAAAGAAUUAACAAAUAACAAUUUUAAAAUUUCAAGGAAACUACUUGCCAAAGUUAAGUUAAAAAAAAUGUGGAUUUAGUGGGCUUUAAACAAAAUUGAACGAAAGCUUUAAUGUAUAUUAAGAAGAUUUAUUCUUUAACGUUUUGAACUGAAGAAAUGUCAUUUUAAUUCUUAAAAGCUUUCGUAAUUUGUUAAAGCUACGUUCUUUUACUCUUUAAGUUCAGAGCUGAGUUUCUGAGACUUCAGAAGAUGCUAGAUAUUUCCUGAAAACUCACAAGUUGUUUUGAAAUGAAGCCUAGUACGCUGCUGAUGCGAAACGAAAUUUCCCAUACAAAAAUGACAUGACGAAAUCAUAAACGAAAAAUUUCGCUGUGCUUUUCGUUUUUCAGUACGCUGCUGAACAACGAAAUGUGUCAUUUUAGUGGAUAGCUGUACUAGAUUUUUUAGUACAAUUCUCCACUCUUUUCGUUCUCAAUUUAAUUGCCCGGUAUAUUAAUUGCUUGCGAAAUUUUGACGUUUAAUUUAUUUAUUGGAAAAAAUUGUUUACAAAUCAAAAUUGAAAAUUGUUUACUCGUGACUUUCGGUGUUUUUGUUUUUUGUUUUCCACAGCUGACAGAACUCUACACAAAUAUUUUUCCGUUGUGGUUUUCGUUUUAAUUUCGCUCUACACUUGGAGACCACCGAAAAAUUUCGUUUCGCAUCAGCAGCGUACUAGGCUUGAAAACGAACUUUUAAAACUCAAGAUUUUUCAUUUGUGAUUUUUGAGAGCUUACAUUCUAAACAAAAAUAUAAGAUGGUCUGGAAAUUAGUAAACUCUUUCAAAAAGAACAAGCUUAAGAACAUGAUUGUACAUCUUUUCCAUUUGAAGUAUGAAAUGUUGUUGUUUUUGAGUAAUAAAUAAAAUAUUGAGCUUUUUAUUUCCAAAAAAUAAUUAUCUCCACUGCUUCUUCCCCCAUUUUCUUUUUUUCAAUUAAUUUGUAUUAAAUUCCAUCUUCCACGUUUGUUGUGUUCAGCUUUUUAUUCACAACGUUAAGCCUUUCUUUGAGCUUGUUGAUAGUGCUUUGAACACUCAAAACACAUCCUCGAAACUAAAAAUAUAUUACAUCUUUAAAGCUCUAAGCACACUAAGGAGAAAAAUUUUAUUAUGACAGUUUGAUAAGAGCCAUAUCUAUUGAUGACAUUCUUUGGCAAAACAUUUUCCUUCUUCCACAAUUUUGAUUGUUUAGAGAAUUUGUAUUUAGUUCCUCUCUUUUACACGCUUGAAAUUUGUCCUGUUCAGGUUUUUAGUCCGAAUGCUCGUUAUUUCUUCUCCGAGCAUUUAAGACCGCUCUGAGCAUUUAGAAACAUUUUUUUUUGACAGUCCAGUGUAUAAAAGGCGUUAUUCGUUUCUAGUUCAUAGCAGACGAAAGACUUACUUAAGGUGGCUCUAUAAUCCUGUGUGAACUAAGGCCAAGCUUCUCCAUCUAGCUCGGUCCCUAGCCAUUUUCCACUUGUGCGAACCACCUGAUCCGCGGUCUUCGUCUACUGCGCUGUCCUGUGGGUGUGGAUUCACCUUGCUUAAAGCCUUUUUUCAUAUCGAAGGAUUAAGUUAAGUUGUUUCCAACCUUUAUGGAGCAGCGUGAAUUCUCCAUGGUCUUCCUGCACAAACGGACGAGCAUGGCAAGGAUGCUUAAACAAGACAUGGCUCUAUACGGCUCGUCUCUGGAGAUGCUGUGGGUUUCGAUUUGAUGUUCCUGGGUUUUCCAGGAUCUGCCGUAGGGUGAACAUUUGACCGUCUUUGUAGACUUUCCUGGUCUAAAACCAAACUGAUAAUUGGCUAUCAAACCCUGAGCUGUUGAACAAAACAUUGUGUGAAAAAAGUGACAGUAGAUUAAAAAUGUCUAAUAGUGUCAGCUAAAUGUUAAGGUAUAUUUCUGCGAUGCCCGAGCAUAAUCGAUAUAUUCUGAACUUGUUAAGAAGUCAUUUCGGAGCUAAAAACAAAAAACUUGUUUUUUUAAAUAAAUAUGAUUUGUAAUCAUGAAAAUGAAUAUAUCCAGCAUGGUGCUCAUAUAUGCGUUUCGCCCGAUGUAAUGGUUGGGCUCAUCAGAAGAUGAACAUUCCACCUUGUCUUGACGCAUAUUUUCUCGAAUAAAACGAGAAUCCAUAUAAUAUGAGCGACAUGGAGCUACUGUGAAUUAUAUGGUUGCUACAAGUCUUCAGAGAAGAUAAAUUGUAGCUAUUUUUAUUUCCUUGCUAUAAGACAUUUGAAGAUGAAAUGUUUGACUGUUCUGAUGAGCCCAACUAUUACAUCGGGGCAAAACGCAUAUAUGAACACCAUGCUGGUUUAUUUUUAUAUUCAUUUUCAUGAUUUCAAAUCAUAUUUAUUAAAUUAAACGGUGUUCAGGAAAAAACAAUUCGACUGUUAACAGUCAAACAUUUCAUCUUCAAAAAACUUGUAUUGCGUUUUACUUUUUUCGUUAAGUUUAGUUCAGAGGGACAAAAUUUAUAAGUAUUGGAUUAUUGUAAUAAAGUGGACCUGUGAUCUUGAUUUUUCGAAACAUAAGGCAUAAAUAUUGUAUUGAAAGUGUCGGAAUUUCUAAGAAGAACUUCUUUUGCUUGAUUAAUAAGAGCCUAAGUAACAACUUAAUAGUGUUAGUAGUACUUCCACUGCAACUUCCGGAGGAUUUCAGCUAAUAUGAUUUUUUCAAAUGUCAAAAGCUAGAGGAUAUGACCUUAAUAAAACAUGAACUUUCUCUUUAUAUUUUUUUCUCAAUACAAUAUUAAUUUGAUAAUAUUGUUUCUAAAUACAGAAAUUUGAACAGUUCUAGGAACUUAUUGAUUUAACGAAGAUACUCAAAUUCAAAUUUAGAACAUUGUAACAGAAAAUUUAAAUUUUAAAUUAAGGUAUUAUUUUACAUACAAUGUAAAAAAUUGGUACAUAAAGGACCACAAGUUUUCAAAAAGAAUUUUACAGAUAAAUAUAUGUUUUCCAUUUUUUUUUUAAUUUUAUUUUAACAUGUUUAGGUAAAGACAAAAGCGGUCAUAAAAUAGUGAAUACAUUUUAUUUCAAUCCUAAAUUAUACUUUUACUUUUAUAUUAAUGUUUACUAUAUGUUUAGCUAUUUUAAAAUUUGUUUUUAUUUCUCCAUAUUUAAACAAAUAACUUACACUUUCGUUCCCUUUUAAAUUUUUGAAAUAAAUACCUUUAUUAAUGCAUAAAAUCAAAUACAAUUCUGUUUUGUACAAAAAAAAAACCAAAAUUCAAUAUAGCGUUAAUAUUGAAACCAAUUUUGUAAAUAUUAAUAUUUAAAAUAAAAAAAAAAACUAAUUCAUAUUUGUUAACUAAGUCAUCACACAAUGUCUAAUAUUUUAUUGCCUUCACUUGCACUUAAGUAGAUUUUUAUAUUUAAAACAAGAAAAAAAGAAAACAAGACAAAAUAAACUUAUAAUUACUUAUUUACUAAUUUUAUAUAAUUAUUGCCAAAUAUUAAGAUUUAUCACAAGUAAAAAAAUAAAUUAUAGAAAUAACAAAAACAAAAUAACAUCUUUACCAUCCCAUUUCAAAAUGUAUAAUAAAAAUAUAUAAAAACUAUGAGCAUACAUAAUUCUUCUUAUGAAUUUUAUUUUUCAUUUAAAAACAAAACACAAAAAAUUAAUUAAUAAAUUUAUUAAAAACCAUAAUAUCCAAAAGAUGCCAAUGCUUAAAUUAUCACAAACCAACAAAAUUUAAACCAACCAAAAAGUUAAAAAAAGGUACUCUUGUAAGAAAUUCUCAAAAAUAUAAAAACAACAAAAGUGUUAAAUAAUUUUCAUAAAAAUAAAAUUACUUCUAAAAAUUAUUAUAAUGUAAGCAAACAUUUUUUAAGUAGGUAAAAUGCUAUAAAUUUAAUAAAUUUAAAACAAACAAAAAAUCGAUAGGUGCCUUUCAAGAAAAAAAUAUUUAUUUAAAUUUUUGAGUUUGCAUUUUAUUAUUUCGCAAAAUAAAAACUACACUCUCACCAGAAAAAAAACCACACAUCA